AUGCCUUUGCAAAAACUGGUUGUUGAUAAAACAACAGAAAGGAUUUAUGUUGGUGGGGUAAAUUAUAUUUAUGAUUUAACACCAUCAUUAGAAAAAAGAACUACUGCUAUUACGGGUCAUGAUAAUGAAUUUAAACCAUGUAAUGAUUUAAAAAUUUGUAAUCAUGAUAAAGUUCAUUUAAAAGCUAUGGCUGUUUAUGCAGAAGGAUCUAAACUUAUUGAAUGCCCAUCAACUUAUCCACAAUGUAGAUUAAGAAAUUUGUAUGAUAUUACAACAUAUGAUGAGAUAAAAGGUAUUAGUCAUUCAAUGUUAUAUCCAGAUGAAACAGCAUCAACUGUUUUAUUAGUCGGUAUGGGACCACCAAAUCCAAGUUAUACAUAUUGCCAACCACCAGAGAAUUAUGAUAUAUGGAAAAAUGAUUUAUCACAAGUUUUAUAUAUUGGAAGUACCAUAUUAAAUAAUAAUGCAUUACAAACAACAAUUCCUUCAACAAGCUUAGAAGCACCACCUAGUAUUGCAUCAUACAAAUUAAAUGGUACUGAUUCAGAAAUUUUUAAUUUAGCAAUUAAAUCUGUAGGUGAUGGUACUGAAUUGAAAUUAUUAGAUAAAAAUUAUAAAAUUGAUUAUAUAAGUGCUUUUCAAAGUGGUGCAUUCAUCUAUUUCUCAACACAACAAUUAGAAUCAUUUCACAAUGAAUUUAAUGGUGAUUUUAUAUCACCAGAAAUUGUUAGUAAACUUGUUAGAAUAUACGUUAAUGAUCAUCAUUUUCAUUCAUAUACAGAAGUACCAUUAAUUUGUAAAGGACGUGAUGGUUAUAAUUAUAAAUAUAUAAAAGAUACUUAUUUAGCAAAGCCUGAAUAUACAUUAGCAAAAAAACUUGGUGUUAGAGUUGAGGAAGAUGUUUUAUUUGCAAUAUUUUCUGAUCAACCUUCAAGUACAUCUUCACAACAAUUAGUUAAUUCAGCAUUAUGUGUUUAUUCAAUGGAUACAGUUGAAAGGAUAUUUAAAGAUAAUAUUCGUAAUUGUUUUAGAGGAAAAACAAGUAGAAAUUUAAAAUGGUUUGUUAAAAAUGAUAAAUGUUCAAAUACAACAAUUUCUGAAAGUCAAAUGAUAUGUGGUAGUGAUGCAAUACGUUUUAUUGGUGGUGAAAAAAGAAUUAAUGGUGAAUUAUUAAUGUUUAAAGAAAAUAGUGAUUUUACCUCAAUAGUUAUCCACUCAGUGAAAGGUUAUACAGUUGCAUUUAUUGGUACAGUUAAUGGUAAACUAUUAAAAGUAGCAAUUCAAAAAGAUGAUUUUUAUAUAUAUAAUUCUAUUGACAUUAGUAAUAAUCCCAUACUUCCAGACAUGGAAAUAGAUGGUAGUAAUGAAUAUUUAUAUGUUCUUACAUUAGAUCGUUUAACUAAAUUGGCUAUUAAACAAUGUGGUGAUGCAACUGAUUGUAAAAGUUGUUUACAAAUGAGGGAUCCAUAUUGUGGUUGGUGUGGUAUAAGUGGAAAAUGUUUAUCAGAAGAUCAAUGUAUUUCAUUAGAUAUUCCACCAUCACCAACUGAAUUUUUUUCACAAAAUGGUAAAUGUCCACUUAUUUUAUCAAUAUAUCCUAAUUCAACACAAAUAUCAACAACACAAAAUAUAUCAAUAGUUAUGCAAAAUAUACCACAAAGAAAUCAUAAAUUUUUAGCAUGUCGAUUUGAAUUUCCAUAUUUAAAUAUUAAUGUUACACAACCGGCUGUUGUUAUUGAUGGUUUUAAUCAAAAAAUAUAUUGUCAAACACCAGAUGUUUUACUAAUACCAACAAUUCCUAUAGAUGAAAUGGCGCUAAAUUCAAAAUUAAAUAUAAUACGAACUAAUACUAAUUCAUCUUCAAUAUCAUUAUCUAGUACUAAUUUUACAUUUUAUGAUUGUAGAAAAUUAUAUUCAUGUAAAAGUUGUGUUGAAUCAUUAUAUCCAUGUUCAUGGUGUAUACAAAGUAGUCAAUGUGUAGAAGUAACAUCAUCCGAAACAACAUGUAAAAAUCAAAAUUUUGUUAAUGGUAUUGGUACAACAAAAUUAUCAAAUAAAGGAAGUUUACAUUGUCCACAAAUUGUUGAAAUGGAAUCAACAAAUGUUCGUGCUGGAGAAGCUAAACAAUUUACAAUUACAACUAAAAAUACUCAUCCAUUUAUGAAAGAUUGGGUUUGUAUUAUUAAAAAUGUACAUGAAAUUAUUGAAGUUCCAGGAAAUAAAAUAAAUGAUCAAAUUAUUUGUGAUUUUGUUAAAAUGGAUUAUACAAAUGGAAAAUUUAAUAAUGGAACAUUAAACAUUGAAAUUGUUUUAGCAUGGUCAUCAAAAAAUCAAAGACAACCAUUAGAUAAUAUAUUUAAUGUUAAUCUUUAUAAAUGUAAUUUUAUGGCUGAUAAUUGUGGAUCUUGUUUAUCAUUAGAUAAUACAAAAUAUAAUUGUGGUUGGUGUGAAUCAACUGGUAAAUGCAGUCCACAAUCCUCUUGUCAACGUAGAUCAGAUUUUUUAAAAAGUGGUGAUAUAUGCGCAAAUCCUAAAAUAAUUAAUUUUUUUCCUAAAAAAGGUCCAUUAAAUGGUGGAACAGAAUUAACUAUAAUUGGUAAUAAUUUAGGAAGACAAGUAUCUGAUGUUGAUAAUAAUGUAUUUAUUGGUAAUGUUCGAUGUAAUGUUAUAGCAUCAAAAUAUGUACCAUUUUCAAAAAUUAUAUGUAAAACUGGUGAUAGACUUAAAAUAGAACAAAAUGCUAAUUUACCAAGAAAUCGUGCAAGAAGUCAUCCUAUAAUAGUACAAAUGGAAUCAAAAAAAGGUAAUUUAUCAUAUACAGCAACAUCAAAUGAACCAUUUGUUUAUGUUGAUCCAUUAAUAACAACAUUUUAUCCACGUUAUGGACCAUUAUCAGGUGGUACAAUAAUAACAAUAAAAGGUGAAAAUUUAGAUGCAGGAUCACAUGUUAGAACAUUUAUAGGUGGUUCAUUAUGUAAAAUUAUUAGUAGAAAUAGUACAUCAUUAAUUUGUCAAUCAGGUCCUAAUGAUUCACCAAAUAAUGGUAGUUUAAAUGUUUUAUUUGAUGAUACACCAAUUGAAUUUAAAAAUUUACAUUUUGAAUAUAAACCAAAUCCAAAAUUUUUAAGUAUAAAUAAAGAUAUGUCAAUUGUAUCAGGUGGAAUUAUUAUUACUGUUAAAGGUAUUGGUUUUAAUUUAAUACAAAGUGCUAGAAUGGUUUUUGGUAUUGAUGAUGAAAUUGUAAAAGGAUAUUAUUGUAAUAUAGAACAUGAUUCAUUAAUGAAUUGUACAACACCAAAUAUUCAAAAUAUUGGUAAAAUACAUCCAACAAAUAAUAAUCCAUUAAUUGUUAAUUAUGGUUAUUAUAUAAAUGAAUAUUUUUAUAUUAAUGAUUCAAGAAUAUUAUUAAAUUAUAAACAAAUAUCUGUAUAUCCAGAUCCAACAGUUGAAUCAAUUAAAGAUAUAAGAUAUUUUUUACCAGGAGGAUUUUUAACUAUAAAUGGUGAAAAUUUAAAUAAAGUUGCAUCAGAAGAUGAUAUUAAAGUUGAUGUUUCUGGUAAUGAAUGUAAAAUAACGGCACUUGCAGAUAAAGCUUUAACAUGUCAAUUACCAAAUAAAGAUAAAAUUGAUGAGACAAAAUUUGAUUCUCUUGGGCCUGAAGUAUUAGUUAAAAUUGGUUCUAAUGUUGCAGAAGUUGGACGUUUAUCAUUUGAUCCCAAAGCAACAAAGUUAACAACUCAAUUUUUAUUUAUUAUUAUACUUGCAGUUGUCUUAUUUUUUAUAGCAUUUUUAGUUCUUUUAAUUUUAUUUAAGAGAAAAAGUACUUCACAUAAUCGUCAAUUAAAAUAUUUACGAUCUCAAAUGGAUACAAUUGAAAUGAGAGUUGCAACAGAAUGUAAAGAGGCAUUUGCUGAACUUCAAACAUCAAUGAGUGCUUGGCAAGAAAAUUAUCCACAAGGACAAAUAUAUACACCAUUUUUAUCAUAUAAAGAUUAUGCUAGUCGUAUAUUAUUUCCACAUAAUUAUCCAAAUAAUCCUAUAUUUGGACAUUUAGAAGUUGAUUCAGAACAUGCUAGUGCAAUUGAAGCUGGUUUACAACAAUUUAAUAAAUUAUUAUGUAAUAGAACAUUUUUAUUAACAUUUGUCCAAACAAUGGAAAAAAACAAAUAUUUUGUUGGUAAAGAUAGAGUUAAUGUUGGUUCAUUAUUAAUGGUUAUUCUUCAAGAUAAAAUGGAAUAUUGUACAGAUAUAUUAAAACAAUUAUUAAAAGAAUUAAUAUUAAAAAAUGUUGAAGGAAAAUAUCAACCAAAAGUUUUAUUUAGAAGAUCUGAAUCUGUUGCUGAAAGAAUGUUAUCAGCAUGGUUUGCAUUUUUUAUGUAUAAAUUUUUAAGAGAUUGUGGUGGACAACAAUUAUUUCAAUUAUAUUGGUCAAUAAAACAAACAACUGAAAAAGGACCACAAGAUGUUAUAACAAUGGAUGCAAGAUAUUCAUUAUCAGAAGAAAAAUUAUUAAGAUCAACAAUUGAUUAUCAAGAAUUAAUUAUUCAUAUUAUAUCAGAUGAAAUUGAUUCACCACAAAGUCAAAAAAUUUUACCACAAGAAUUUACAAUAAGAGCAAUAAGUUGUGAUACAAUAUCACAAGUUAAAGAAAAAUGUUUAGAUGCAAAAUAUAGAACAAUGCCAUUUUCAGAAAGGCCAUCUAUUGAUGAUGUUGAUUUAGAAUGGGUAACACCUGCACAAAGUAUUAUUCUUCGUGAUAUUGAUAAUACUAAUAAAAUAGAAAAUGGUGGAUGGAAAAAAUUAAAUACAUUAUCACAUUAUAAAAUACCAAAUAAUGGAAGAUUACUUCUUAUACCACGUCAAAUAGCAUCAUCAUAUAAUCUUUCAUUAAUGAGUGAUAGAUCAGAAAAGUCAUCAUUAACUAUAAUUAAUAAUUCACCAACAUUAGGAAGAGGUUUUGGUACAAAUAGUAGUAAUAAUAGUAAAGAAUGUGCUAAUAUAUUUCAUUUAGUAAAACCACAAGAAAAUGGACCAUCUGAUAAUCAAGAAAAAUUAGUAUCAGAAGUAUAUUUAACUCGUCUAUUAACAAUGAAGGGAACAGUACAAAAAUUUAUAGAAGAUUUUUUCAAUGUAAUAUUUUCAAGUUCUGGUAAUUCACGUCAAUUUUUCUUUCCAAUAUGUAUAAAAUAUAUGUUUGAUUUUAUGGAUGAACAAGCAUUAGAACAUGGUAUUACUGAUGAAGAAGUUGUACAUGCAUGGAAAAGUAAUGCAUUACCAUUAAGAUUUUGGGUUAAUUUAAUUAAAAAUCCACAUUUUUUAUUUGAUAUACCAAAACCAACUAAAAUAGAGGGUAGUUUAAAUGUUAUAGCACAAACAUUAAUGGAUGCUUGUUCAACACAAGAACAAAAUUUAACCAAAGAUUCACCAAGUAGUAAAUUAUUAUUUGCCAAAGACAUACCUUCUCAUAGAAUGAAAGUUAAUAGAUAUUAUUCUGAAAUAAGAAGGAUGCCACCAAUAUCAGAACAUGAAAUGUCAGCAUAUUUUGCUGAUGAAUCAAAAUUACAUCAAAAUCAAUUUUAUAUAUAUACAGCAUUAAAUGAAUUAUAUAAUUAUGUUGAACAAUAUAAAGAAAGCAUAUAUGAUGAACUUUCAACAAAUGAAUACGCAAAUAGUCAAGGAAUUACAGCAAAGUUCCAGCAAAUGAUUGACAUUAUGUCAAUAAAUGAUAAUCUUUCUCAUCAUUAUACAAACGGUUCCCUUGAUGGAUAUAAUAGUGCUUCCAAAUUAAUGUUUAAGGAUAGUCGUUUUUAUUAA